GAUGUGCUGAAAGUAGAUUACAGGGUGGGGGGUGAAUCACAGGCCAAAUCUGGUCAUCACAACUUCAGAAAUUCUGCUCAGCCUUUUUUUCGGGCUCUGGAGUAAAGGGAAUGAGGGCUUCUUCAUGUUGCUAGUUACUGCUUCAAGUCCAGGAGGAGCCCAUCUCUUGUCUAAUAAAAGUGAGUAAGUGCAGCUUACAAGGAGGAAGAUAUCUGGUUACAGGGUGACUUUCCAACAGUUCUACAGGUUACACAGAAACAGAAGGAGGGAGUAAAUGUUCCUGGAGUGGCCAGAUUCAAGACAAGCUCUGCCUACUUUUAGUGGGGAGAAUUUCAGCAGGUGUGUUUUCUUCCGUGACAGUUUUAUGUUCAGGCAAGGCAAAGAAGAAAUAACUCUUAUUUGAGGCAGAAAAAGAUGCAGAGAGCUGAAUACCAUCUCCAAAUAGGGCAUGUGGCAGUGGACAAUAACUGGAUGGGCGGAAGCUCAGAACCAGUCCAGCUGGACGGCAACAGAAAAAUAAAACUGCAUAUUUCAAUACCUGUGUUGUCAAAGGAAUGAGUAGAGGAUAGCAAUUCAGUGUUUUUUGAAGGCUGUUUUCUUUAGGCCUAAAUUAUCUCUGAUGGAGAGAUGCCAGACAGCUGGAACACCUCUUCCGACAGCCUAGAAGCAAGAGUUGUAGGCAUUAUUGUGCCUGUGGUCUUUUCCCUUAUCUUCCUUGUAGGCACAGUUGGGAAUAGCCUGGUGUUGGCGGUGCUGCUACACAAUGGAGAGGUGAAAUAUAAUACUACAAACCUGUUCAUCCUCAACCUGGCAGUGGCAGAUCUCUUCUUUAUUGUUUUCUGUGUCCCAUUCCAGGCCACCAUCUAUACUCUGGAUGGAUGGCUUUUUGGUGCUGUUGCCUGCAAAGCUGUUCAUUUCUUCAUCUACCUUACCUUGUAUGCCAGCAGUUUUACCUUGGCAGCUGUUUCUGUGGACAGAUAUUUGGCUAUUUGCUACCCACUGAAAUCUCGGAAUCUCCGUACCACUUGCAAUGCAGUCCUUGCUAUUAUCAUGAUUUGGACCCUCUCCCUGCUUUUUGCAGGACCCUAUCUCAGCUAUUACCAAACCAUUAAUCACCAGGAGAGGUUCAUCUGUGCUCCAGUUUGGGAGGACCAACAUCGGAAGAUCUUAGACAUCUUCACUUUUGUGUUUAGUUACAUCCUCCCAAUCUCUGUUGUCAGCCUGGCUUAUGGCAGAACCAUCAAAUUCUUGUGGACUGCUGUAGACCCUCUGGAAGGAAUCUCAGAGUCCCGCAAAGCCAAACGGAGGGUCACCAAGAUGAUUAUUACAGUGACUGUCCUCUUCUGCUUGUGUUGGCUGCCUCACCAUCUAGUGAUCUUGUGUUUCUGGUUUGGCUAUUUCCCCUUUAACCAAGUUACCUAUGCCUUACGCCUAGCUUCUCAUUGCUGCUCAUAUGCCAAUUCCUGCCUCAACCCGAUUGUUUAUGCUCUCAUUUCCAAGCACUUCCGCAAGAAGUUCAAGCAAGUCUUCACUUGUGUUCUUGUCUAAGACAAGAACAAGAAGGAGUGAACUGACAAUAAAUCCAAGUGGCCAAUGGUUUCAUCAACCAGACUGUAGGUUUCUUUGGAGGAAACACAGAAGUAGCAUGGUUUAAUGAGGAAAAUAUGAGCUGUUGCAUGGAUCUGUUGGUAAGAACAUGGGAAGACAUUCUUCCUGAGAAAUGGCUCUAACAUUUACAAGACAUUACAGUAUCAUAUAUGUACAGAAAUUACAAAAGGACCAAGAAAAUUCUGGAACUAUCAACAGUCACCUCAUUGACUGCAACAUGGAUAACAGUAAUUUUUAAAUAUUAAUUAGAUAUGGUAUUAAUUAUUCUUUCUCAGCAUUAUUCCAUAUUUUCAUUCAAAUCAGGCUUGGGUUGGUGAAGGAUAGGUGGACUCAAAUUAAUUUUUUUCAAUGCAACCAAAGUACCCACAAUUCCUUAGGGAGCAUCUUGAUAUUACUUUAGACCGUCUUCACAGUUGGCUGCGGAUGAGACCAAGACAAUAUCAUGAAGAAAUGUAACUUGAAAAUGGUUCACAAGCUCCUUGUGCCAGAGUUAGAGGGAUGUGAAGAUAAGCCUGGAAGUUCAUUCUAAUACUUCUGAUUUACUCUUCUAGGAGUGGUUACAGAAAGCAUAAAUGAAAGUUUCAAAGUACUUGGGUUACUAUAGGAAUUAGGGUUUGGAAGAUAUAUCUAUGAACAAAGGGGUGGUUGCUUUUGUUUGUUGUAGCCUAUGGACCCAGACUGAAAAAUGUAAGUGUGUGUAUUCUUUCUCUCUUUCCUUUCAUCUUGUAAUUAAGACACAUUAUGUUUGGAUUUCUUUAUCUUUUGAUUUUGAAUUUGGUUUUGCUUAUUUUUUUUAAAAUAGGAUUUUUACAUUAUUUUAAACUUAAGCAUUGUUUUGAGAGAGGAGAAAUUUGUGGUUUUGAUUGUCACAAAGAUAAGCCAAUAGAGCUGUAUUGGCUGGUGUCACGGCAAUGUGAGUUAAAGUUCAGAGGUGACUCUGAUUCAAGCCUUUUUAGGACUCUGGGAGUCCUAAGGAUAAAUUUUCCACUCGAUCUCUCCUCCUUUUCUUCUUGUUGCUUCCAAUGUCAAUAUAGCUCCCACCACUGACCCAGCCACUCACCCAAACAUGUUCUUUGCUAUUUACAAUUAGUAAACAGAUGUGUAAGAGGAAACACCAAAUUAUAGAAUCAUUUUUGGAGCUGAAUUUGAUAGUUUAGUUUUAUUCCUUGAAGAAGUGUAUGGUUUUAAUUUGAAGAAAUGCUGAAACAUUUUUGGGAUGGAAGUCCCUUUGUACUGAUAUGUGGGGCUUAUAGCUACUGAACGUUUUGCACAUCCCAAAACCCCCGCUUACCAUCUCAAAGCUGAAGGGUUAUUAUAUAAUUUGUGAUGGAAUUCACACAUCCAUACUCAACCAUAAUGUGAUUGUUUGGUCUUAGCAGAGCAUAUUAGAUGAAAUCAACCCUCAUAGUUUGACUGAGAAACAAAAAUUUGACAAGUGAACCCAAAUUAUUGUAUAUUUAUUUUGGGAUUGAGCAGGAGUUUUAAAGAUUAGAGAAGCCUUUUUUAUUUGCCUGUUCAUUGCAAUUUUGUCUGCCUUGCACAGUUAAGUUAAUUUGAAUUCAGCAGUAACCUAGAAACAAAGUGCUACAUUACUGAUAUCAAUGAAUAAGUAUUUCUCCAAAUGUCUUUCAGUUUAAACCUGUUGUUGUUUACAUACUUAUUUGGGUGCUGAUUCUAUUGAUUUAAUGGGACUGACUUCUGAGUUAGCAUGAAUACCAGUGAGAAUCAUCAGCAUAAUAGACUCUGUUCCUGUGCUCUUUUGUUAACAAACAAAAGGAAUUAGCAGAAUACAUUUAAUGAAUAAUGAUAAACUGGUAUUUUCUAUCAGUGAGACUGAUUGCCCCAAAGGCCUGAUCAAGGUUUAACUUUAAUUAUUUCACAUUCAUAAAUAUUCAGCACAGCAUGUCUGUUUCUGUUGCCUGACUUUGAAAAUUAGAGCUGGCCCAGGAGUAUUUAGUCAAUUAAUCCUCUGCCUUCUAGUUUCAAGGCUUUGUAUCAGAACAAAACACAGUCUUCAAUCUUGCAUCUUAAACCCAACAGUAAAGAAAGCUGAUAGCUCAUAUAAAUAGCUUAUUAUUUCAGUUUCACUUCAGUAUCUGAAGAAGAAUUGUUGUAAAACAAUGAGAAUAUAUGACAAGCUUGCUUCAAUUACAAUCUGUUAUUAUCUUUCCACUUUUCUAUGAAUUGCAUAAUCAUGGAAGCUAUUAUGAGGUUGAUUUUUCUGCCAGACAACUUUCCAUCCAGGAUGAGUUUUCUAGGGCCAUGUUCAUCAAAGCCUCACAAUAUUUUUUAAAGCAGUUGAAAAUGGUACAAAAUAACCUUUGCUUAUAUAUUCAUUUUUUAUAUUCAUUUUUUAAAUUUACAUUUUUAAAUUUAAAAUGCAUCCAUUCAAAUAGACUUUGCUGGUUUUUAAUCAAUGCAUAACUUAUUUAUCAAAGCAAAAUAUUUAUUUAUCAAAGCAGCACUUAUUUACCAAAGGAAGAUGAGCUUAGCUUCUUUCAAAUCACCUUCAUUUCUCCCCCCCACCCCCAAUAUGUCUUUACAAGCCCAAUUGGCCCAUCAAUCACAUGAUCUUUAUUACACUUGACUUAACCCCAUUUCAGGAUGGCUUUGAUCAGUCAUUGGUAGAUUCCUAGCUAAGUGCCUGCAUGUGAAGAAGACAAGUCAUGGCCAUUCACAAGCCACUCUCAAAAUGUCUCCUUCCAUGAAGACAAUGCAUGUUGUUAGCCACUGAGGACAGAAUAUAAAUAGGGACAGCACAUUAGUUUCCCACCAAGCUAUUAUUUUGACACCCCAAGGGCUGGAUGACACUAGUGAAGAAAGGUUCAUUUGUGUGUUUGUAAUAUAUGUUUUGCUUUUUUUUUUUUAGUUUCCCUUUUGGUUCUCUUGCCUAUUCCUUUCUCAAGUCUAUCCAUUAGUAAGAAUCCAUUAUGACGGUAGUGAUGUUUUUUUUUUCAUAGAUACAGAUUAUGUCAAAAUAGUAUAUGUGAAAACAUUACAAUGAAAAUCAAGAUAGUCUUUAUCAGAUUCUACUCAAACCUCCAUAAAACUAUUCAACAUUUGGACACAUUCCUCAUUGCAUGUAUUGAUCCAGAGCAAUUUCUGCAUGUGGCAAAGGAUUGGGAGAAAAAAACCUUUACUUCCAUUCUGGAAACAGGUCAUCUCCUUCCUCAAAGUUGCAUCGUAUAAAGCAUCUAAGCUAAGGCUAUUGCCUAGAAGAAACUUUAAGAAUUGUACAAUAAUUGUGCUUUUUAAAUAGAUCCUGCUAAAUGUCACUUUGUUUUCUGUUGAACGCAGCUAAGCAUAAAGUAAACCAACUCAGUUCUAGACAGAAAUUGUAUUGUGGGAUUGCACAGGUGUGGAACCGGUCUGGGAGUGUCACAAGCAUUGUGUGUGGAUGUGCCACACAUGUUACUUAUUUGUCUUUAUUUAAUGAACACUUUCUUCUAGUCCAUCUUACAGCAAAUAUUUUAAUAUGCGAUUGGCAAUAUAGCCAUACAGCACUCCUAGUUAUGCUUGCAGGGAAACAAAUUCUGCCACAGGAACUUACAGGGCAUUGUGGUCUUGGGUCCAAUUAUGAGUUUUUAGCACCAAGCUAAAAACCAGGAGACUGUGAGUUCUAGUCCUGCCUUUGGGCCAGUCACUUUCUCUCACAGGGUUGUUGUUCUGAGAAAAAUAGGAGGAAUGAGUAUUAGUAUUAUUAUUAG